AUGAUGGACAAGAUUGAGAUCCUAAGGAAGAAGGUCGUAGAGGCCGAGAACGAGCUACGCGCAUUGAAAAACGAGCUAGCUCGAGCUGUCGUCGAGGCAGAUGGACAGCAAAGGCCAAGACCUGAUACGACAUGGAAGUGGCCGCUGACCGCGGGAGAAUAUGAGCGAUACGGCCGCCAGCUCAUAAUACCAACAGUUGGAAUUCAGGGCCAAAUACGACUCAAAGCAUCUUCGGUCCUCGUCGUUGGCGCCGGAGGCUUAGGAUGCCCUGCAGCAGCUUACCUUGCUGGCGCCGGCGUUGGUACUCUCGGGCUAGUGGAUGGCGACACGGUAGAGACGUCAAAUCUGCAUCGUCAAAUAGCUCAUGCCACGUCAAGAGUUGGGAAAUCAAAAGUGGAGAGCGCCUUGGCCUUCCUACGAGAUCUCAACCCAAACGUAACCCUCAACGCGCACAUCACGCAUCUAACCCCCCAAAACGCCGAGUCCAUCGUCGCAAAGUACGAUAUUGUGCUGGAUUGCACUGACCAUCCGACGUCUCGAUACCUCAUCUCCGACAUUUGCGUUCUUCUGCGAAAGCCACUCGUCUCAGCAUCAGCCUUCAAGACCGAUGGGCAGCUCAUCGUGCUCAACAACCCCGCAGCACCGCAAGGCGCGCCGGUGGAGGAAGGCGGCCCAUGCUACCGCUGCGUCUUCCCCAAACCACCACCGCCAGAUAGCGUCGUCAGCUGUGGAGAAGGCGGCAUCCUGGGCCCCGUUGUCGGUGUCAUGGGCGUGCUACAGGCGCUGGAGGCCAUCAAACUGAUAUCCUCUGGCUUUCAGCCCACCUCGCCGUCGCUAUUGCUGUUCUCAGGCACAGCCGGUGCCCCGUUCCGAUCAGUCCGAAUGAGAGGCCGUAAGAAGGACUGCUUUGCAUGUUCGCCCGAGGCGGCUCUGACACUAGAGUCGCUAAAAUCAGGAUCCCUGGACUACGUUCAGUUUUGUGGCGUCGCGGCGCCGCUGAACAUCCUGCAGCCAGAGGAAAGGCUAUCUGCGGCGGAUUUUGGCCAGCUACAGAAGGGUUCAGCUGUGCGCGUUCUUCUGGAUGUCAGAGAAAAGGAGCACUUUGAUAUCUGCAGCAUCGAGGGCGCCAUCAACCUGCCGUUAGCUAUGUUCCUCAAGGAGAACCCUGUUCAGGAGCAAGACGCUGGGAAAAGACCAUCAUGGUUACCCGCGAACUCUUCAGAUGAUACCCCGAUCUACGUGGUGUGCCGCGUGGGCAACGACUCGCAGCUGGCGACCCGUCGGCUUAAAGACUUGGGGUUAGACCGUGAUGGGAAGCGAUUCAUUGGCGAUAUUAAGGGUGGGAUGAGGGCUUGGAAAGACGAGGUAGACUCCAGCUUACCCUUCACAUGA